UUUGGAUAAUAACAAUAAUAGUCAUGGUAUCUAAUUACAAAGAAUGUGUUUUUUGUAGGAUUUAUCGUUCAAGAAAAAGGGAUGGAACACUCCAUUGAAAUAGAUGAUCAAAUUCCACUGCUUUCUCAAACUUAUCAAGAUGAGAUAGAAGGAGGGAUGAAAGUGGAUCCUUUAUUUGAGAAUUUAUUCAAUUCGCGUGUUAAACCAAUUAGCAUAUUCAAAGUAAAUGUGGGGCUACGUGAAUCAAAUCCAGAUGCUUAUACACCAAAGAUGGUCUCUAUUGGUCCUUACCAUAAUGGAAAACCUCAAUUUCGUCCAAUGCAAAAGAACAAACUAUUGUACCUACGACGGUUUCUUAGACGAAAGGAGAGUCUUGAUUUGGAUAGUUGCAUCAAUGAGUUGGAGGAGGAAGCAAGGAAUUGUUACGAUGAUAUAGAAGACCUCAAUAUUGGAAGCCGCGAAUUUUGCAAGAUGUUGUUACUUGAUGGUUGUUUUGUGGUUGAGUUUAUUCGAGAGCGUGUUGAGAUAGGCCCAAGACUAGAAGACGAAAUCAUCAAAAGUGACAUUGGUUGCAUAUAUAAGCAAAUACUCCGAGAUUUGAUGUUACUAAAAAACCAACUUCCUUUCUUUGUCCUCGACAAGCUUCAUGAGAUGACAAAGCAAGAUGAUGAUAUCCCAUUGGCAAUACAAGCUGUGAAGUCGUUUACUUCUUUUGUUGACAUAGAAGAAAUUAUCCAUAAACAUUCCGAUUCACCCUUAAUAAAGAUAGCAUCUAACGCAGGUGAUAUCAAACAUUUACUUCAUGCAGUACACAUACUUUCAUGUCAUGGGAACCCCACGAAAACAUCAAAAGACGACACAACGUGGACUAAGGCCAUGCCAAAUGCAACUGAGCUUUCUGAAGCUGGAGUUAGGUUUUCAAAUCAUACAAAUAGUAAUACAAAUUUGUUUGAUAUUAAGUUUGAGGAUGGAUUGAUGACAAUCCCUUGUUUUGAAGUUGUAGAUGAAACAGAAUCCUUCGUGCGAAAUCUCAUUGCUUACGAACAACAAACAUCUGAAGUACAACCUAAAUAUUUCAGUGACUAUGCACUUUUCAUGGAUCACCUUAUCGACUCAGAUAAAGAUGUCAAUUUACUUCGCCAGAAAGGAAUCAUAAAACACCGGAUGGGAGAGGACAAAGACGUGUCUAGCCUCUUCAACAAAAUCGGAAAUGGGGUCACUAUGUAUUCCACCUUUUAUUACCAUAAUGAAUCCUUAAAAACAUCUCAACACUGUCAAAAAAGAUUUAAUAGGUUGAUGGCAAAUUUGUUGCGCAAUUAUUUUAGUAGUCCUUGGGUAGGAGCUUCAACUGUCGCAGCCAUCAUACUUCUCAUACUCACAACUAUACAGACUAUUUUAGCUUUCACAGGGUUCAUUACAUAUCAAAAAAACAUCGAGAAGAUUUCAUAUCUAAAAUUAUUUAAGUUGAUAGAAAUUAAAUAUCCGGAAUUAGAGUUGAAGAAAAAAGGGAUGGCACACACUAUUGAGAUAACUUCAAUAGAUGACCAAAUUCCACUGCUUCCUCAAAGUGAAAAUGAUGAGAUAGAAGAAGGGAGGAAAGUGGAUCAUUUAAUCGAUAUAAAGGAAACAAGUGGUCAUGAUCUAGUAGGGUCACAAACAAAGAAAUCUAUAAAUCAAAUCUUUGAUGAAAUGUUUGAGGAUUUAGACAAUUCGUCUAUUAAAUCUUGUACCAUAUCCAAAGUAAUCGUAGUGCUAUGUGAGUCAAAUCCAUAUGCUUAUACACCAAAGAUGAUCUCUAUUGGUCUUUACCAUAAGAAAAAUCCUCAACUUCGUCCAAUGGAAAAGCACAAACUAUUAUACCUAAGACGGUUUCUUCAACGAAAAGAGGGGCUUGAUGUGGAAAGGUGUAUCAAUGAAUUGAAAGAACUGAAGGAGGAAGCAAUAAAGUGUUAUGAAGAUAAAGAAGACCUUGACUCAAAAGAUAGCACAAUAUCUCAUAAGGUCAUGCCAAAUGCAACAGAGCUUUUCGAAGCUGGAGUUACCUUCGUUAAGGAAGAUAAACUUGGCGAUAACACAAAUUUAUUUAAUAGUAUAAAGUUCGAGAAUGGAUUGAUGAAAAUCCCUAGUUUUCGAGUCGAAGAUGAUACAGAAAUCCUCCUACGGAAUCUCAUUGCUUAUGAGCAACAAUCAUAUGAUGUGAUGCCAAAAUAUUUCAGUGAUUUUGCAACUUUCAUGGAUUAUCUUAUCGACUCGGACAAAGAUGUGACUUUACUUCGCCAAAAAGGAAUCAUAGAGAACUGGAUAGGAGAGGACAACGAGGUGGCUACCCUCUUCAACAAAAUCGGAAAUGGAGUUUUCAUCGAUUCCGAAUUCUAUUUCAAAGAAGAAUGCAUAAAAGCAAUUGAACAUUGUAAAAAACCAUGGAAUAGAAUGAAGGCAAAUUUGAAGCACAAUUAUUUUAGUAAUCCUUGGGUAGGAGCUUCAACUGUGGCAGCCAUCAUACUCCUCAUACUCACAGCUAUACAGACUAUACUAGCUUUCACAGGUUCCGUUAAGAAGUAAUUCUCAUCAUUGUCUCAAUUGUAAUUUUGCAAGUAUACAUGUUGAUGAGCUUAUGUGUUUUUCAUGUCCACCCCUUUUGUACUGUGUUCUAAUAGUUGAAUGUUAAUUUAGUUUAUUUCAAGUAUCUAUUCAUGUAUAUAGAAUCUUGUAGCUGCAAAACAUGUAUAUAGAAUCUUGUAUUUCACUUGAUUACGAUAA